GUGACUCUAUGUGUUCCCCUCCUGCAGGAUUUAGGAGCUGUCGACGGAGAUGUAAGCGGCCAUUGAGGUGCCGGUGAGCCCCCCAUCUGCCCGGUGUGCGGGCUGAGCUUCGAGGGGCUGAGCUUCGCUGGAGUACCACAUGGCGGGGCACAACAAGAAGAAGCGUUAUGAGUGUGACGUGUGUGGCAUGGCCUGCCCGUGCCCGAGCAAGCUGGAGACCCACCAGCGGAUGCACACGGGAGAACGCCCCUUCGACUGCUCAGAGUGUGAAAAGAGUUUCAAGACGGCCAAUGUCCUGGCGGGCCACCGGCGGGUUCACACGGGCGAGAAGCCCUAUGACUGCUCCACCUGCGGCAAGAGCUUUACCGGGUUGUCGGGGCUGUGCCAGCACCGGCAGGUGCACAGCAGUGAGCGGCCCUUCACCUGCUCCGACUGCGGCAAAGGCUUCAAGUCGUCCAAGGACCUGAAGGAGCACAGGCGCCUGCACACCGGGGAGCGGCCCUACACCUGCAGCGAGUGCGGCAAGGGCUUUACCCACUCCAGCAACCUGCUGGUGCACCAGCGCACCCACACCGGCGAGCGCCCCUACACCUGUGCCCAGUGCGGCAAGGGCUUUGCCCGCUCCAGCAGCCUGCUGGAACACCAGCGCACCCACACCGGCGAGCGCCCCUACACCUGUGCCCACUGCGGCAGGGGCUUUACCCACUCCAAGAGCCUGCUGACGCACCAGCGCACCCACACCGGCGAGCGCCCCUACACCUGUGCCCAGUGCGGCAAGGGCUUCACCCGCUCCAGCCACCUGCUGAUGCACCAGCGCACCCACACCGGCGAGCGCCCCCACACCUGUGCCCAGUGCGGCAAGGGCUUCACCCGCUCCAGCCACCUGCUGAUGCACCAGCGCACACACACCGGCGAGCGCCCCUACACCUGUGCCCAGUGCGGCAAGGGCUUCACCCGCUCCAGCAGCCUGCUGGAGCACCAGCGCACCCACACCGGCGAGCGCCCCUACACCUGUGCCCACUGCGGCAAGGGCUUCACCCACUCCAAGCAGCCUGCUGACGCACCAGCGCACCCACACCGGCGAGCGCCCCUACACCUGUGCCCAGUGCGGCAAGGGCUUCACCAGCUCCAGCAGCCUGCUGAAGCACCAGCACUCCCACACCGGCGAGCGCCCCUACACCUGUGUCCAGUGCGGCAAGGGCUUCACCCAAUCCAGCACCCUGCUGGUGCACCAGCACACCCACACCGGCGAGCGCCCCUACAUUUGUACCCAGUGUGGCAAGGGCUUCACUCAGUCCAGCACCCUGCUGGAGCACCAGCGCACCCACACCGGCGAGUGUCCCUAAACCUGCGCCCAGUGCGGCAAGGGCUUCUCCAACUCCUCCAGGCUGCUGUCCCACGAGCGGGUGCACGCCGGCGACAGUCCCGUCCCCAGCCCGGUGUGUGGAGAGCGCUUUGCCAUGGCCUCGCACGCCCUGUCUCACCAGCAUGUGCACACCAGUGGCCCGCCCUACGACUGCCCGUACUGUGGUGAGGCGUUUGACAGCUCGCGGGGGUUGAGGCAGCACCGGCGGGCCCACGUCGGCGAGCAGCUGCUCCCACUGUGACAAGAGAGCAUGGGGGCUGCGGGAGCACCAGCGGAUACACACCGGAGAGAGGUUUCACCCGCAUGUCCAGCCUGUGGCAGCACCGGCGUACCCACAGCGGUGAGCGUCCCUUCCCCUGCCCGUCCUGUGGUAAGGGCUUCACCCGCCUUGACCACCUGCUGGAGCACCGGCGAGUCCACACCGGCCAGCGCCCCUUCACCUGCCCGCUCUGUGGCAAGGCCUUUGCCCGCUCCUCCAGCCUGCUGGCACACUAUGCCAUGGAUAGAUAGGCGCUGUUUAGGUAGAGACAAAAUGCUGGAAGGAAUGGGUAACGUUUCUGGUCGAGACCCUCCUCAGUCCCGACCCGAAAUGUCACCCAGUCCUCUCCAGAGAUGCUGCCUGACCCGCUGAGUUAUUCCAGCAUUUUGUGUCCUUUUUUUAAACCAGCAUCUGCAGUUCCUUGUUUUUAAACCAUUCUGGUUAACCAUCUCUGCACCUUCCCCAAAGCCUCCACAUCAGUCCUGUAAUGGAGUGACCAGAACUGUAUGCAAUACCCCAAAUGCUACCUGACCAAUGUCCUUUAAAGCUGCACAUAUACAUACCUCUCUCCUUAUCUCACAUCCUUUUAUCUCCUUAUUUUCCCUCGCCUCUGUCACUUACUUAACUCAUCUGCCGAUCACCCCCUCAUCUGUUAACAUAGUGUCAGUCUGAAGAAGGUUCCUGACCCAAAAUGUCACCUAUCCAUGUUCCCCACAGAUGCUGCCUGACCCGCUGAGUUACUGCAGCACUUCAUGAGAGUCAUAGAGUGAUACAGUGUGGAAACCGGACCUUCAGCCCACAUUGCCCAAACCGACCAACAUGUCCCGGCUACACUAGUCCCACCUGCCUGCAUUUGGUCCAUAUCCCUCCAAACUUGUCUUAUCUAUGUACCUGUCUAUAACUGUUUCUUAAACAUUGGGAUAGUCCCAGCCACAACUACCUCCUCUGGCAGCUUGUUCCAUACACCCACCACCCUCUGUUGAAAAGUUACCCCUCAGAUUCCUGUUAAAUCUUUUCCCCUUCACCUUGAACCCAUGUCCUCUGGUCCUCAAUUCCCUCACUCUGGGCAAUAGAUUCUGUGCAUCUAACUAAAUUGUGUUCUGUGCAAGAUUCCAACAUCUGCAGUUUCUUGUGUCUCCCUCACCUAUAUCCACCUAUCACUUCUGAAGAAGUGUCUCAACCUGAAACAUCACCCAUUUCUUCUGUCUUCAUCUCGCUGGCGAAAGGCGUCAGGAUUAAUCUGGAGUCACCGCUUCCCCUAUUUUAAGUAUGUUUUAUUGUUUCUAGGUUUGUUUUACAUGGGAGGGGGGGGGGGGGGGGUUAAUUGGGGGAAACUUUUUUUCAGCCACUUGACGGAGAUGCGAUUUUUCUCCUUUGCCGAGUAUCGCCCGUGAGGAUCUCCAAUCUCGGGGCCUGUGGACUUUAACACCGUGAACCCCGCGGUCUCCGGUAAGAAGAGGCCGACUCGGGAGCUCCAUGCUGCGGAGUGUUCCAAUCCUUCCCGACGCCGGAGUUUCCGUCAUCCCGACGCGAGGGCUUCGGACAUCGGACCGUCGGCAGCGGCGACUGCGGAGGGUUCAACAGCCCCGACCACGGGUGAACAAACGAGGAAGGUGAUUGAACUUUAUUACCUUCCAUCACAGUGAGGAAUGUGGAUUCCACCGUGGUGGAUGUUUCUGUUACAUUUUUAUUUUAUGUGGCUGUGUGUCUUGUUGCUUUUUACUUAGUAUGGCUGUAUGGGAACUGAAAUAUCACUGUACCUUAAUUGGUGCAUGUGAAUGUAAAUGUGAACUGAACUAACUCGCUUGAAAACAUCCAGUGAAUUGGCCUCCACUGCCUUCUGUGGCAGGGAAUUCCACAGAUUCACAACUCUCUGGGUGAAAAUGGUUUUCCCCACCUCAAUCCUAAAUGACCUAGCCCUUAUUCUUCAACUGUGGCCCCUGGUUCUGAUAAUAUCCUAGUUAUAUAAUAUAGAUUAUAACGUAAGGUAUUUUAUUAAGUAAAGAUUAAUUUGAAUUAUUUGGGAUUUGGGUUCUGAAGCUUUGUAAUUCUGUGCUGUAGAUGAGCUGGGUGAUCAGGAAAUUGGAGGCCAGCAUUCAAACUGCAUCCAAGCUGCUUCCUGUUGUGCCCAAGCAAAAGAUAUUGACAAUGGUGGGAGAGGAUGUGUUUCCUGAGAAGGUGCUGGCUUCUGUCAACAGAAGCCUUGAGAGAGGAUGUGUUUCCUUUGGAGUUGGGUCUCUGUAAACAGGAACUUCUGUGGGUAAUUGAUAAAGAUCCUUACAUUGUUUAAGAAGGUACUGCAGACGAUAGACCUUUGACUAAGUUCCUGUUGUUUGGGGGUUUGUAACUAAAGUUUGUGAUCGAUAUAACCAUAGCAUGAGAAGUAUUGUAUUAGUGACAAGAAUGCUUUGAAUGGGUAUACUCUGUGAUUGAUGUGUUAGACGUCAUUGCUCCAACUCUGUAUAAACAUGUGACUACGUUUCCAAAAUACUAUAAAAAUAUGCUGUAUGUCUUUGUUCAUUAGAGUGAUGGCCCAGGAGGGUUAAGUGUGUGUUGCAUACUUGACUUUGUAUCCCCUGGCACUCUCGCCGGCUAAAUGAUCAGUAAAGCUUGUGUUGGUUGAUCUAA